AUGGUGGGAGCAGAGGCCGUGUUCCCCUGCCACCUCAGCCCCUCUACGGAUGCCCAGCACAUGGAGAUCAGGUGGUUCCACAGCAACGACUCUGGCCUGGUGCACUACUACAGGGACUCCCAGGACUACCUGGAGCAGCAGCGGCCUGAGUACCACGGGAGGACGGAACUCCUGAGGGAGAACAUCACCAGCGGGCAGGUGGCCCUGAGGCUCCACCCCAUCCUCCCUGCAGAUGGAGGGGACUACAGGUGUUCGUUUGCAAGCUCCACAGGCUACAGAGAAGCACAGUUCCACGUGAUAGUCACAGCCUCAGGCAUGGCUCCUCGUAUUCAUUUUGAACCUGGUCCCAGCGGGAACAUUAAGCUGACCUGCAUGUCCCGAGGGUGGUACCCGGGGCCAGAGGUGCAGUGGAGUGGCCCUGGAGGACUCCACCUGGAACCUGCCUCUGAGACGAAGACAGUAGAAGCAGACGGCCUGUUCCGUGUGGAGUCCUCUCUCACACUUGGGGAGAGCUCCAGAGGACACGUGUCUUGCUCCAUCAGGAACCCUGUCUUCAAUGAGGAGAAGGAGGCCCACGUGUCCAUGGCAGGUGGCCUGUUCCCGAGGGUCAGCACCUGGACAGUGGUACUGGCUCUGCUCUUUAGCCUCUUGGCUGUCUGCAUGGUGGUCACUGGUGUUGUCCUCCUGAGAACCAGGAAAGCCAAAGAGAAAAUCAUUGAAGAACUUGAACGAAGAAAAUUUCUGGGAAUAGAAGGUCUGAAGAAAGCGCGAAGAUUUGCAGUGGAUGUCACACUGGAUGAGGACACUGCUCAUCCCUCCCUCUAUGUGUCACCUGAUGGGAAGCAUGUUCAUUCUCUGUCUAUGAAUCAAAACGUUCCUGAGAGUCCUGGACGAUUUACUCUAAUGCCAUUUGUGCUGGGUCAGAACAGCUUCUCAAGCGGCUGUCACUACUGGGAGGUUAAAAUAGAGGGAACGAAUAGGUGGAAUAUAGGCCUCUGCUUGGAUUCAGUAGACAGAGGGAAAGCUUACAAGGGCUCUUGUCCUGAGGAUGGUUUCUGGACCCUCUCCCUGAAGAAUGGUCAGUACAAGGCCCUUUCAAUGCACUCUUAUAACAUCAAUGUUCCAGUAGCACCUGAAGUAGUUGGGAUUUUUUUGCAAUAUGAAGAUGGUUUGAUCUCUUUCUAUGAUGUGAUAGAACUUACCAUUCUCUUUACACUCAAAGGCAAGUUCACCCAGCCCCUGAGGCCGUAUUUCUACCCUGGACCUCUUACCGUGGGAAACACUCUGGGCUUAACCAUCCUCAAGGUGACAAAUGCUUCUGAUUCUGACUAGAGCAGAGUGGAGACACAUUCCCCAGGGGUCAUCCUCAUAGACCAUGAUAGCAGUGGCCAUUCCCUAGCCAGGAUGAUGCUGGUUUGGGGUGUGAGGAUACCUGGAGGGCCCUGGGUGCUCCCAGUGCUCUGGGGACUAAGAGGGGUCCUGUGCACAGGGCCAGUUUCACUUCUCAAUAAACUCUGCUAUCCUAGCUAGAUUCGAUGCUGAAAGUGAUAUGCAUCAUUUCUCAACAAAUAUCUCUUGUAUGUUUCUCACCAUACCAUACAGCUCAUUCAGAGUAAUUUACUUUAACUAAUGAGUUGUUGGUUCUUCAGAGCUAAACACCAAGUGCUGCCUAUUUCCACAAUUGUCUUUGAACCAAAAUCAGUGA